AUGCAGCCGCCGCCGCCGCUGCCGGCGGCUUUGCCGGUAGGGUUCCGCUUCCGCCCGACGGACGAGGAGCUGGUGCGGCACUACCUCAAGCCCAAGAUCGCGGGUCGCGCGCACGCGGACCUGCUCCUCAUCCCCGAUGUCGACCUCUCGGCGUGCGAGCCCUGGGAGCUGCCCGCCAAGGCCCUCAUCAGGUCCGACGACCCCGAGUGGUUCUUCUUCGCGCCCCUCGACCGCAAGUACCCCGGCGGCCACCGCUCCAACCGCUCCACCGCUGCCGGGUACUGGAAGGCCACGGGCAAGGACCGCCUCAUCCGCUCGCGCCCAGCAGGCACCCUCAUCGGCGUCAAAAAGACGCUCGUCUUCCACAGAGGCAGGGCGCCCCGAGGCCACCGCUCCUCCUGGAUCAUGCACGAGUACCGCACGGCCGAGCCCCAGCUCCAGCAAGGACAAAACGGUAGCUUCGUGCUCUACCGCCUAUUCAACAAGAACGAGGAAGAAUCCGAAGCCUCAGACGCCGCCGAUUCACCGUCCACAUCGUCUCCGGCCAUCGCACCAGCGGUGAAAGCUGAGAAUUUGAGCCAGCCGGCUUCUGCCCAAAUGUCUCAUCUUCUUGCAACUGUCAGUAGCAAUGAGCCAACAUCCAACCAGGGAGACGAUCAUCUUCUGGAUGUGUUAGCCCAGCUUCCAGACCUACAGCCUGAGCAUACAUUCGAUGGAUUCCCUACAAUCACCUCUCCGAUGCGUCCUUACACUGAUCAUCCUUUUCUUGGCAAUGCUGGCGAGCAAGAUCUUUCAGCGUAUAUAUAUAGUAUCAUUGCUCAUCAGGAUCUGGAAGACUUGUUGGCCAGCCCUUCUUUGGCUGACAUGGUUGAGCAGGCCACUGUAAAUGUUGAGCCCCACCCUACUUCUCUACCCGUUCUAGACAACAGCUCAAACAGCAAGAGAUUGGCUGAAAAUGGCCGUGGAAAAGUUGGUUCUGAAACGUUGCUCCUAAUCAAGGGUACAGAUGGCACAGGUGCUUCUGCUUGCUGUUCUUCUGCAACCAAAAUACUACAAGCUGAUAAAGACAAUGCUAAUCAUCACACAGGAGCUCAGAGUAACUUGUCUUCCAAUGCAUCAGCUCAAGUGUCCCACUUUGACAACCAAUAUCAACUUCAAUCGGCAUUCAUUCCUGAAACGGAACCACCAAAUAGUGGAGCCUUGUGCUCUGCAGCCUCCUCGACUCCUUAUCCCCAGCACUUGUUCAAUGGUAUGGUAGCACCGGCUAGGAUUGACAUUUCAGAUUCAGAUAUCUUUAAUGGACUCCAAGGAUGGGCAGCGGAACCUUCUACGGAUCCACACCAAGGGGAUGCACCAAGAAGGAUCCGCCUUGUGCACUCUAUUCAGAGGGCAUCAGUCACUGAGCCUGUACUAACUUCUCAUUUGGAGGGUGAAGAUGAAGCAGGAUUAUGUUAUAGCACAGGCAGUUCAUCCACCAACAAUAACGAGGAUUAUGCCAAUAUGUUCUCCCAAUCUAUGGUUCGACUCUACCUUCCCAUAACUCCAUUUACUGACGCUAGUAUUAACUGGAUUAAUAUGGUCUUGAUCAGGCUGGAGAAGCAAUGCAUAUUCAAGGGGAUCUCUGGCAUACCCAUCUUGGUGCUGAAGCCAGAUCGAGACCGGAAGGAGUACAUGGUGAUGGAUCUCCUGCCAGGCGGCCACGGCGGAUGGGAAAAGGGCGGGAAGGUACACAGCUACAUGGUGAGCUACAUCAUGGAGGCAAUAUCAAGCAGCGGCACAAACAGGAACAUACGGAGGAGACCAGCCAGGAUGUCCGUGAGGGCAUGCAGCACAGCGCCCAUGUGA